AUGUCUAUCCCAACAACAGCCAUCGUCGCCCGCACCCCGGGCCCCAACGGACCAAACUGGGCCCUCGAGCAAGUGGAGACAGUAUCUUCCUGCGGCGCCGACGAGGUCCUCGUCGAGAUGGUCGCCACGGGGGUAUGUCACACCGAUAUGGUGCUUUCCAGUGUGCCUGACGGGAUGAUGGGGGUUCAUUAUCCGAAGGUUGUGGGGCAUGAAGGAGCAGGCUACAUCCGCGCCAUCAACCCCUCCACCAAAUCAGUCUCCAUCGGCGACCCCGUCCUCCUCAGCUUCAAAUCAUGCAGUUCCUGCACGCAAUGCCGCCGCCGUCACCCCGCCCACUGCGAUCACUUCAACCUGUUGAACCUGACCGGCAAAGAGAGAAGCUUCCUGUCUCAGACUACAGCAGCAGGGCGAAACGAAAAAGAAAGCAUCUGGGGCUCCUUCUUCGGACAGUCGAGCUAUGCCAAGCUCAGCAUCGUGCACGAGUCCUGCCUCGUCAACGUCAAAGACGUCCUCGGGGGCCCAGGCGAUUUAGCGACUUUCGCGCCUAUGGGAUGCAGUUUUCAGACGGGGGUGGGGGCAGUGAGGAAUGUUGCUGCUGCUGGGGAGGAUGAUGUGGUGCUUGUUAUGGGGUUGGGGGGUGUGGGGAUGGCUAGUGUUAUGGCCGCCAAACUCAACAACUGCCAAACAAUCAUCGCCCUCGACCAACAAGAGCGACGACUCCAGCUUGCCCGUUCCUUCGGCGCAACACACACCAUCAACACUGCCUCCUCCCCAGCUGGUGGUGAAUUUGACUUCGCACAAGCAGUCAAAGCCAUAUGUCCCGACGGACCGUCCGUCGUCAUCGACACGACAGGCGUGCCGAAGCUAAUCGAGGCAGGACUGGCGACUGCUUGUGCGCGCGGCAAGUUGGUCUUGAUUGGGGCAACGCCGUUGGGGUAUACUUUGGAUCUUAUGGGGAUGGAGUAUAUCGCUUCUGGGAAAUCUGUGAUUGGGUGCGUUGAGGGGGAUUCUGUUCCAAAGGAGGCAAUCAUUGAGAUGAUCAAAUGGUUCUACGAGGGCCGGUUUCCAAUUGACAAGCUGAAUACGUAUAUUCCGAUCAAGGAAUAUCAAAAGGCACUGGCGGGUCUGGCCUCCGGAGAAAUCAUCAAAGCCGUGCUUCUCUGGGACAAGGAAUCACCCGCGGACUUUUCGUUGACAGUGUCGCCAGAGACGAAACACAUUAAGCAUGCUCGAGGCUUGCCUACCAGUCGUAUAUAACAUUCUAUAGCUCGUACAACCUAGCGGGGUGCAG